AUGUCUAGAUCUGGAGUUGCAGUUGCCGACGAGUCGUUGACGGCGUUCAAUGACUUGAAGCUGGGCAAGAAGUACAAGUUUGUGUUGUUCGGGUUGAACGCGGACAAGACGUCCAUUAUCGUGAAGGAGACGUCCAACGAGCGCGACUACGACGUGUUCUUGGAGAAGCUACCGGAAGACGACUGCCUAUACGCAGUCUACGACUUCGAGUACGAGAUCAGCGGCGCGGAGGGCAAGCGGUCCAAGAUCGUGUUUUUCACGUGGUCACCAGACACAGCGCCCAUCCGCUCGAAGAUGGUUUACGCAUCGUCCAAGGACGCUUUGCGGCGCGCAUUGAACGGCGUGUCCUCGGACAUCCAGGGCACGGACUUCUCGGAGGUGGCGUACGAGUCCGUGUUGGAGAAGGUGAGCCGCGGCGCGGGCUCGCACUGA